CAGCGCCGCGCCUUGCCGAGCGGCCGAGCUCACAGUUAGCCGGGCCCCCGAGUGAGGAGAGGAGCGGAGCGGAGCCUUUAUCUGCACGAACUGAAGUCUCGGACUGUACAGGGACGCCCUCGUCUUCCACAGAGGCAGCAAAGCAGCGCAGCAGGUUCGGGUGAGAUGGGGAACCGAGUUGCUCGGGAGGAUUUUGAAUGGGUUUACACAGACCAGCCGCAUGCGGACCGGAGGAAAGAGAUUCUGGCGAAAUAUCCCCAGAUAAAGUCUUUGAUGGGUCCUGACCCCAGACUGAAAUGGAUCGUCUUUAUGAUGGUUGGAGUUCAGUUCCUCGCCUUCUACCUCGUUAAGGACUUAGAAUGGAAAUGGGUGCUGUUUUGGACGUACGUGUUUGGGAGCUGCAUAAACCACUCCAUGACGCUGGCCAUUCACGAGAUUUCCCACAACACUGCGUUCGGCAACAACCGCGCCAGGUGGAACCGCUGGUUCGCCAUGUUCGCCAACCUCCCCAUCGGCUUGCCGUACUCUGCCUCCUUCAAGCGCUACCACCUCGACCACCACCGAUACUUGGGCGGCGAUGGCGUGGAUGUGGACAUCCCCACCGACUUUGAAGGUUGGUUCUUCUGCACCCGCAUCCGCAAGUUCUUUUGGAUUAUUCUGCAGCCUCUCUUCUACGCCAUACGGCCUCUCUGCAUCAACCCGAAGCCCAUCAGCCAGUUGGAGCUGGCCAACGUGGCUAUUCAGUUCACGUUCAAUGCUUUCCUCUACUGGCUUUGGGGGGCCAAGCCCGUGGUCUACAUGCUGGCGGGCUCGAUGCUGGGAAUGGGGCUUCACCCCAUCUCUGGACACUUCAUUGCUGAGCAUUACAUGUUCCUGAAGGGCCACGAGACCUAUUCUUACUACGGAUCGCUUAACCUGCUCACUUUCAACGUGGGAUACCACAACGAACACCAUGACUUCCCCAGCAUCCCUGGAAGAAGGCUGCCUCUGGUGAAGAAAAUAGCGCCGGAGUAUUACGACGACCUGCCCUGCUACACGUCGUGGGUGAAGGUUCUGUAUGACUUCAUCAUGGACGAUGAGCUGAGCCCGUACUCUCGGGUGAAGAGGAAGCUGAAGGGAGAGGUCAAGCUGGAGUGAGCUGCUCCACCUGCUCAGUGGCGUCCAGACGGAGCUUCACUGACCAAAACCGGAGGCCACUGUUGCUCACCAUUCUCACCGCUAACCGCUUCAGCAGAGUAAUGCCGUUCGACAGCAUGUCGUGUGAGAGUGAAGAGACUGUGUGUGUUAUAUUUGUGUGUGUGUGUGUGUGUGUGUGUGUGUGUGUGUGUGUGUGUGUGUGUGUGUGCUUUUGAGAGAGCGAAUGGUCAUUUUAGUCACAAGCCAUUUCAAGACUUAAGUUCUAACUCAGUUGCAGAAAGAAAACGGAAUCAUUUCUCCUCGUUUUUCCGCACAUCGUACCCAGACCGCCUAUAGUCUAAUCCUCAUUUUAGGUCCUCAUUUUGUAGCACAUUAAUUCGGCACCUUUUCCAUCUAGUGUUUUCUUUGUACCAAAAACAUUUAAAAGCUUUCUUUAUAUAUCAGCAUUGUCCAUUAAAAAUCUCCAAAACACCAACUUUACAGGAGAGCACGAAAAAUUUGAUAUAAAGCAGUUUUAUUCCAGGUAAUUUUGGAGUGUUUCUGUUGGCCCAUUAAUCACAAAGACAGACGAUGUGCUCAGGUAGAAAAAUAAAAAUCGACAAAAAUGGACAUCCUUUUUGUUUGUUUGUUUGUUUUUAUUGGACAGUGAUGCUAUAUAUGAAGAAGUAAUAAUAUGCCCAGUGUAAUUCAAAAAUCUUCAAGACUUCCGUCUUCAGGUGACCCAGACGCAUUUGUUUGGAAGGUGACUCACUCAGCCUGAACUGUCUGACUUUUACCCAACAAGUGUCAGUUCAUCCUCAUACCUCUGCUUAUCACUGUAUCUACUGUUUAAGAGGUUUCCCUGUUUUUUUUUUGUUUUUUUUUUCCCUCUGUGUCACUACUGUACAGAGUGUGCACUCAAGGUGUGGACCCGCACGCUUCAAGUUGUUUGAACUAACUUAUCACUCAUGUUUAUCAGUAAAAGGGGUAGCAGGAACAUUCAGACCUCACACGAACUUGCUGGCUGAAAACAGGUAUGUAUUGUGUUCAAGCGCAGAUGAAGCUGCACUUGCAUAAAGGGUCACCUUCCCAGACUGGGAUUAAGCCUAGUCCUACUACAUGGCUUGCCAUUAAAGCAGGAUCCCACCUUUACUUUCCAAAAUGUUUGUGUAAUUCAGACAUUAAUAUGUAAUCAGAGAGAUUCAGAGUGGUUUGGUGUGAAAUGGUUCAGAUGUCUUUACAGUGGUGGUGAUAGGAACCAGGGGUCGCCAUGACUACAACACAAAUAUAGACAUUUUAUUUACUAUUCAGAACCACCAGUGAACCUACACGAGUCUUCUGAGCUUAUAUGAAUGUUGAUGAUGGAAAAUAGUGGAAAAUCUGAAAUAAUACAUUUUCUUUGGGGACUAUUUUGCCUCACAGCUCCCUGCAUAUCAUGUAUCCCUCUGACAUGAAUGGAUUAAAAGCCCAAAAACAUCCUAAAACUAUCAUAAAACAGUGUCUCAGACAUCAGGCAGUGAAUUCAGAACCAUGUAGUAACUUUCAGUGAGGGAGUUUUUAGAGGUGGACGUCUGGUUCCUAUCACCACCACUGUGAACAACUCUGACUCUAGAACAGAGUUUUUCGCAUCAAACCACCCUCAAUGACUCUUUACAUAAGAACUGUUUAGUUAUGGAGAAAUUUUGGUGGAACUCCCUUGUACGAGGUUGGAGAAACGUUACUACUUACAUGGCAUAGUAGCUUUGUGUUGGGUAUUUAUAACUAACAUUUAUAAAUGUAAAUUUGUAAAUGUAAAAUGUAGAUUUUUGCUGUUGGAACUUUUAUUGCACAGUAUCGUCAACAAUAAUCAAGAGUGUUAGAUGAAUCAACCAUGAAUUAAAAUGGCUUUUUAGAUUGAGGAUCAUACCUUUAGGCAACGUCUACCACUUUCCUGCCAGAAUAUUGAACAAGUUUGCUAAUAAUAAUAAUAAUAAUAAUAAUAGUUCACUGUUUUUAGGUUUAGAUGCCAUCAAUGAGUUCUUAACAUUGCUGGUGUCAACUCAAGCCUGUUCUCUCACUAAUCGUUGAACACAGAUUACAGUCACUGUAAUUUUGUUGGGUGUGGUUAUCAAGUCAUAGUUUUAUUUUUGGUUUUGACAAAAGGUGGAUUAGAAUAUCAAGCAUAGUGUUCAGGUCAGGUGGGCAGAUGGCAGCCAGAAUUAGUUAGAAAUGUAAAUGCGUCUCACGGGGUAAACACGAGGAUGUUUGCUCAUGCUGGGCUUUGACAUUUAUGGCGCAUUUAUCUACUAUGAAAUGGUUUAAAAUUCCAUAUAUUUCUUGAAUAUAACUAAAUGGUAAACACUUAUUCUGCAGCAUGUCUUUACUAUUAAACACAGGUCUGAACAUCUGAAGCCAUGUCGACAGGGGCUUCAAAGUCGGAGACGAUAUCUUUUCCUCUGCGUCCUUAACAUUUGCAAAACAGCCAGACCGAAGCCCAGCCCACCCUUUUAAGGUGCUUUAUCUCCAGUAAAGCUCGGUCAAAGAUGUCAAACUGAUUAAGCUAGUUAUCUGGAACAUGUGAAACCACCGUGUUGAAACAAAGGCAUGUUGAUUUUGGAAGGUGAACUGCACUGCCUUCAGUGUACGCUGAGCACAGCUGUGUACGGUGUUGCUGGAGAAAUGUAUUUCCUGUAUCAGUAUUAAAACCAGCAAAGGACAAAGCCCUUGCUGGAAAGGACCUUUCAGUCCUUCUAACAUCUUAAUGUGGGCUGAUGGCUCUGCUUAACUGAUUCCAUUCCUGUUCUGCCUUUAUGCUUUUUCUGUAUUGAAAUGAUUUUAUUAAACCAUUUCAGACUAAAA